AUGGGAGACCGGAGGACAAGAGGCGCAGAUGGGAGUACUGGUGUGUUGCUCUGGUUUCUCUGCUGCUGUGCUUCGGAGAAGCAGGUUUCGGCUCAGAUAAGGUACUCUAUUCCAGAGGAGGUGGAAGAGGGAGCCGUUGUUGGAAAUGUUGCUAAGGAUUUGGGUCUUGCCGUCGGUACUUUGGUGGAGAGGCGGUUUCGUAUCGUUUCUGGAUCUAAGGACGCUCUUUUCCAGGUUAAUCAGAACAAUGGCGUCUUGUAUGUUCAUAAGAAUAUCGACAGAGAGGAGCUCUGUGAUGGCACCGGCGCUUGUCUGAUAAACCUGAAAAUCGCUGUUGAAAACCCUUUAGAGAUUCAUUAUGUCGGUGUAGAAAUAACGGAUGUUAAUGAUCACUCGCCCAGUUUUACUGAAAAGGAUCUGCACUUAGAGAUAGCGGAAAAUACCCUUUCUGAUACGCGCUUUGAACUCCAGACCGCACGGGAUGCAGAUGUUGGAUUGAACUCUGUGCGUAUGUACCUAUUAAGUAGUAAUCCUCAUUUCGAAUUGGAAUUAAUUGAUAAUGGAGACGAAGACAAAGUUCCGUUUUUAAUCUUAAGGAAGGCUAUUGAUAGAGAACAAAGCACAAACCACUCAUUCAUUUUAACAGCAAUAGAUGGAGCCAAUCCUCCGAGAUCAGGUACUCUAAAUAUUACGGUUACAGUUGUUGAUGUCAAUGACAAUCGACCCGUUUGUGGUAAAGAUAUCUAUUCUGUUACUAUCCAGGAAAAUGCACCUAUUGGAACAACCGUUUUAAACAUAAACGCCACUGACACAGACGAAGGUCAAAACGGUGAAGUUGAAUAUGCACUUGGUAGAAACAUAAAGCGCAAAGUUCAUGACAUAUUUAAUUUGAACAGUCUUACCGGUGAAAUUCGUGUCAUAGGUCCAGUAGACUUUGAAGAGAAUGAGGUUUACAAAUUAACAGUGCAAGCCUCUGACAAAGGACAACCCCCACUAUCAGUCGACUGUAGAGUUGUCAUCAAGAUAACGGACAUAAACGACAAUAAACCAGAAAUAGAGGUGACGUCACUGUCUAACAUGAUAUCCGAGGACUCAAAGUCUGGAACAGUCAUAUCUCUCAUUAGCGUAACGGAUACAGACUCCGGUAACAACGGCAAAGUCCUAUUAACAAUAUCCGAGGACGUCCCAUUUGAAUUAAAACCAUCAUUYCAGGACAAUGCGUAUUCUGUCGUCACAAAAGGGCGAUUAGAUCGAGAACUCGUCUCCCAUUAUGACAUCACAAUAACAGCCACUGACUGUGGUCAGCCUCCUUUGUCCACAUUCAAAACUCUGACCGUCCAGAUAUCAGAUGUGAACGAUAACAGCCCAGAAUUCUCCCAAAACCCACUUGAACUGUAUUUAGUGGAGAAUAACCCCCGUGGUGAAUCGAUAUUCUCUGUAAGCGCCACAGAUAAAGACUUGAAUGAAAAUGCUGCGAUUUCAUAUCACAUUGUUAGAGGUGAAGGGACACAAAAUGAUAUGGCAUCUUUCUUGAAUAUCAAUUCUGAUAAUGGUCAUAUUUCCGCUUUAAAAAGCUUUGAUUUUGAAUUUCUCAAAACAUUCAAAUUCCAAGUUGUAGCUACAGACUCUGGAACUCCGUCACUAAGCAGCAACGUCACAAUAAACGUGUUCAUUCUGGAUCAG